AUCGUGCUGCAAAUGUUUGUUACCGAGCUCAGGAACAUGGGCCUAAACUCUUUACUCGGCUCCCAGAUUCUGAGCCUCCUGCCUGACAGACCACAGGCGAUGAAGAUUGGGCAAAACCAUCAUUCUCAACAUUGGAGCCCCCCAAGGCUCUGUGCCGAGUCCACUGAUCUACUUACUCUACACUCAAAACUACACUGGCCAAUCUAUUGUGAAAUAAGCAGACGACAUAGUGGUAGUAGGGCUGAUAUUAAACAACGAUGACACAAGUAAGGACACUCAUCAUCUCACCCACAAUCAAAGUGGCUGCCGUCAUGCUUCACGGUGGUGAUGGUGUGUUUGUGAUGAUGUGCAGAUAUCCACCAGACCUACCAUAGAGUUUAAUGGCUCAUCAGACAAAAGAACCUUCUUGCAGUUGACCUCAGAGUGUCUCACAUGCUUUUUCAACUGUGCAACAGUUGUUGUAUGCAGGGUCUCUCCUAUCUCACCUGCUGGGAUCAAACUGUUAACUCCUGUUCUGUACUACUGUAAACCGCACUCCAGUGAGUUUUCUUUGAGAUGGGAAUUUUGAAGGUACUAUCACUGUCACUUUGAUGGCAAAAGGUUUUUUCUUUCUUAGACAUGACUUCAGCCACCAGCCUCCUAUCUGAAAAUCAGUUUCUGAGUCCCAUUGGUCUGGAUGUGUUCACUGAUCCAGUUUAGUAAGUCAAGAUAAAGCCAGCAUCAGUUCAGAGAAACACCAACAGGUUGAAAAAGAAGACAGCCUUGGCUCUCAAGUCCUGUCUGGUGUGUCUGACCUCCUACUGUGAGACUCACCUGGAGCCUCAUCACAGCAUCACAGGCCUGAAAAUAAACAAGUUGAUCGAUCCGGUGGAGAAUCUGGAGGAAGAUUUACGAUUUAUGAUGACAUGGCUACAGCCAGCAGCCUCCUCUGUGAAGAUCAGUUUCUGUGUCCCAUCUGUCUGGAUGUGUUCACUGAUCCAGUCACCAUACCAUGUGGACACAACUUCUGCAAGAACUGCAUCACUGAACACUGGGGUAGCAACGUCCACAACCAAUGUCCAGUGUGUAAAAAAGAUUUUUGCAGUCGGCCUGAGUUGCAUAUCAACACCUUUAUAUCGGGGAUGACUGAUAAGUUCAAACAAACUCUAAAGGAAGCCAGUAGAUCAGAACAACAACAACAAGCUGACCAAGGAGAGGUUCUGUGUGACGUCUGCACUGAGACCAAACUGAAGGCUCUCAAGUCCUGUCUGGUGUGUCUGACCUCCUACUGUGAGACUCACCUGGAGCCUCAUCACAGAAUCACAGGCCUGAAAAGACACAAGCUGAUUGAUCCUGUGGAGAACCUGGAGGACAGGAUGUAUAAGAAGCAUUGCAGACUUCUGAAGAUGUGUGUUUGCCAGUAAUGCACUGAGAGAGAUCACAAGUCACACGUCUUUCUUCCUCUGAUUGAAGAGGAUGACACAAGGAAAGCUGAUAUAGAAAAGACAGGAAGUGAAACUGAGAGAGGACGACUGAAGAUUGAGAAGAUCAAAGAGUCGGUGAAGCUGAGUAAGGACGAUGGUGUUCGCUGCUCUGGUCCAGUCUGUAGAGAUUUGGUCUGGCUCAGCUCAUUGACACCGUUGAAAAAAGCAGAGACCAGGAGCAACGACCCGCUGGCAUGAUCCACAGCCAUGGAUUCUGUGGGUGGUCAUCAUAGUUUGACGCUGUGUCAAUACUGUGACACCUCCGUGUUUACUGCUUGUUGCAUAUUUAAUUUGAAAAAUGUAAUCUUGCCCAGUGUUUGUAUAAAAUAUACCGGGAAUCUGAUUACAUGUUCAUCCCUAUACUGUAAUGGUUAACAUUUUUUUUGUAUCCUGAUUACAUUUCGCUGUUACAUGUAAUCCAUUACUCCCCAAGCCUGGUGGUGAUGUAUAUUGUCUGAUAUCCACCAGACCUACCAUAGAGUUUAAUGGCUCAUCAGACAAAAGAACCUUCUUGCAGUUGACCUCAGAGUCUCUCACAUGCUUUGGGGCAAACUUUGGAAGAAACUAUCUGACCCUCUCCCACUAAGUUUGAACAGGUGAAGGACCUGUGCAACAGUUGUUGUAUGCAGGGUCUCUCCUAUCUCACCCGCUGACAUCAAACUCCUUCAGAGUAGUCUAGGUGGUCUUCCUCUCUAGUCUCCUUCUUGCACAGGCACCCAGUUUGUUAGGACAACCUGUUCCAGGCAGAUUUAUGCAUGUGCCACAUUCCUUUCAUUUUUCAAUGAUGAAUUUAACUGAAUUCCAGCAAGUUUUCUUUGACAUGGGGAUUUUGGGGGUACUAUCACUGUCACUUUGAUAGAGUUAUUUCUUCCUUAGACAUGGAUACAACCAGUAGUCUCGUCUGUGAAGAUCAGUUUCUGUGUCCCAUCUGUCUUGAUGUGUAUACAGUACUGGAAUGUCUAAUGUCAGCACCCCCUAUGUAGCCAGCUUUUUAAAAUAAGACCUGAGCUAUGAGUUAAUACCUUCAGAUCAGAAAUGGUUUAGUAAGUCAAAUUAAAGCCAGCGUCAGCUCAGAGCAACAUCGUCUGCACUGAGACCAAACUGAAGGCUCUCAAGUCCUGUCUGGUGUGUCUGACCUCCUACUGUGAGACUCACCUGGAGCCUCAUCACAGAAUCACAGGCCUGAAAAGACACAAGCUGAUUGAUCCUGUGGAGAACCUGGAGGACAGGAUGUGUAAGAAGCAUGACAGACCUCUGGAGCUCUGGAGACAAUUUAAGAUAGUAAAGAGUUUGUGUUCUUUUACAAUGUAGAUGCUGUGCUGUAUCAUUUCCUUAAAGCCAUGGUGGUUGUAUGUUAAUACUUCAGAUAUAAACUCGUAAUAAAGCACAUCUAAUAAUAUAUCACAGUCGAAUGGACAGUAAAAAAUCUAAUUAGCAAUGUUCGAUUUUUUUAAGAAUCUGGAGCAAAUGCUCGUUGCUGUUCAAGGACGAGCCUCUGCGAAAGGAUUGCUUGUUGAGGCGGUGCAUUGUGGACUCUCAUUACGGUUAGAAAAUCAAGGUGCUUGCAUCCAAAAGAUGUAGGAAGAAUGAGCAGCGUAAACUUCAAAAUCAAGGGACUUGGAAAGACAGAUCUAAUUUGUCUUCUUUAGUCCUUUUUGUUAGGCUUUAAUAUAAUUGUACACAGCAUGUGUGUGGUCUGAAAAUAAAGAAAGGCAUUAAACUCUAUUACAGAAGAAACGCUCAGUAUACCAUUCAACAAUUAAAACACAGAAACAUUCCUCAAGCAGCUGGUCUGCUGCGCGUCAGUGAA